AUGUUGACUUUCUUUUGGCUGACAUGGCUGCUGCCCGCCGGAGCAGACUGGGUUGCAUGGACUAACUCGGAGCAGCAUGGCAGUGCCGGUGCAGCUGGAUGGCAAAAAGUCCCACGAGCAGAUCAGUAUGAUGUCUUGGACUGGGAAGUCGAGGGCAAGGCAAACGCCUACCGCUUCUUCUACCCGGGUGCCACGCACUACACGCUGGGCACCCCUAGCAGCUCCUCUCUGGUCGUGCACGUGUGGCAGCCUUUCUCAGAGACAGCGGCUGACGCAGCCGUAGGAGCGAACCUGCGUGGUGCCUUGUACGGUUUGUACCACCGGCACUUGCACCGCGUGGUCGUGAACGUCUCCAAUGUCGGCUGGUCGAGGAUUGUGACGGAUCCGAUUUGCGAAGAAGGAGCUGUAUGCCCAGUUGCACUGCUGAUCGGAACGAGUCAGCUCCCGCAGCGAGUCGCAUCUGGUAGAAUCCAUCCUCUUGACGACUAUUUGGCGGCAUAUCUGCUGAAGCACCUGCAACGCUUGCCAGAUGAGUUUCAGAGCAUUAUGUACUACGACUACUACUUGACCUCCCGCUUUAUGGGAAUUCCCUUCGUGACGGAUGUUCGGCUGCUGGGCUUCAACAAGACUACGCUGGAGAACCUGGGCUUGGAGCUUCCGCCGCCACACGGUCGAUACGAUUGGACGUGGGAGAACCUCCGUGACACGGCGUGCGCGAUCACCGAGAAGUACGGUGUUGGAGGUCUAAUGGCGAAUUCUGACUGGGACGAGGAUGCCAAGCUCUUCAUGCUCAUGGUUCAAGCAGCUCACGGGGCUCUCUUUCGAACCUACCUUGGUUCCGAUGGGCCUUCGCGGCAAUGCAACUUGGGGACGGGAAGGUCGGCGAUCGACACGUUCUGGAAGCCGAUGGUCCAGAGAGGCUGCCUGCGGAGCUCUGGCAAUCAGAACUAUUGGGGCAUCACUGGGACCUCCAACCUGACACCAGUUCUCGAGACUGCAGUGGAUCCAGUACACCCACCCGACGUGUCCGGUUUCUCCAAUUACAACUACACCGAUGAUCGCACCUUGGGUUUCUUCAUAUCGCCGGGACUUGAGGAGGAGCUCUCCUAUGGACGAUGCAUGCCAUCGCAGCUGCGACAACCGGAAUCGGUGGGCAACUGCAGUGUGCUUGAGACGUGGCAUCUGAGCCCGGACUCCUGCCAGCAGCGCGCCUUCCGCCUCGGUGCCGACACCUUUGCCUACGAGACUGAAGGUCGUGAAAGGGCUAUUGCCUGCGAAGUCCUCCGCUGCAAGAGUGCCGGUCAGGUGGCCUCUUGGGCAUCAGAGCGUCCUGGCUGGGAGAUCGUCUCAAAGCAUUGCAGCGAGAUCUUGUAUGCCACGAUGCCCGAAAACCUGACCUAUCAGGGUGGAAGCGGCUUGGCACUCACCAUGCGAGAGACUGGAGGUGAGGCGAACCAAUCUUGUCCAAACAUCACUGCCUUGUGGGAGUAUGACUGGCUUCGGAACGAUGAAGAACCUCCACCGUGUUGGGAGAAUGCAGAAGGAUGGCGCCUCAUUUCGGAACUUAUUGAUCUGGAGAAGCCCUACAUGCGCCAGGCCAACACGCUCAGGGAUAUGCAGACACUCCCACCUUUGAAGGACCUCUCUUCUUUCGGCACUUCUUUCUGGGAGCCCGUGAUAACUGCCCUGUUGCACGGCAUUCCAAGCCAGUAUCCGAACUCGCCGAUUCCCCAGUACGCUGAAGUGGAAUCCUUGAAGCCGAUUCGGAUCGCGCUCCUGCGGAGCAUCUAUGGGAAUGUGACGCCUGCAGAAUCUUUGCGAGAAGCCUGCAGCAUCGUGGACGAGGUCCUUCGACCAUGCAAUCAGUCGAAGUGGCGCACGGACCCGCGCUGCAAGAACCCGAGGGAUGGCCUACAGGGUUGUCCGGAAGGCUUUUUCUACCGGGAGACUUUCGAGGACUUCGGCUUGGGAUGCACGAAAUGCCAGCCCGGGCGCUAUGCCGACGAGCGUUCUGUGAGUUUGGAGUGUAAAGCAUGUGCGGCCGGACAGUUCUCGGACCAGAUCGGAAGCACCUCCUGCCGGCAAUGCGCCGUUGGUACAGUUGCACAGCAAACGGGAUUGUCUGAGUGUAUAGAGUGCCCGAUGGGACGUGCUCCCUUGGACACUUCGUGGUGCGAUUCUUGUCCUCCGGCUACCUACCAAAGCGGCCCGACAUGCGUGCCUUGUCCGACUGGCUUCACGUCAGCAGAGGAGAGCACCAGCAUCAGGGCCUGCACUCGCAAGGGAUCCAUUCUCUUAUUGAACUUGCUCUUGGUUUUUUUCUUCGUCGGUCUGGCCUUGCUCUUGCCGUUGCUGCUUGGCCGUCCCCUUCCGAUCGACGACAUCUACAUGGAGGACGGCUACGUUGUGGUGAAGACCUGGGGAGGACACCGAAUCGCGCGCUGGAGCCCUGUUCCGCUGCACAUCCAGCUCAAGCACACGCAGCAUCCAGAGGUUGAAAGCAGGAUGGGUCUGUUUCAAGCGAAAGUGCGGUGGACCGACGAGGUGUGGCUGAUGGACUCAAAGGGAGCUCAUGUGACUGACAACAUCAACUGUUCCCGAGGGAGCCUAAGAUUGCAGAUGAGGAGCACCUUUUUGGGUGCUGUGAUCGGGAGGUUGCCGGUGGGGCUGUUUUCCAUAUGGCUCUGUGGCUGCCUGGGGGUCUUGAUCUUCGUCCUCAGCCAGAACGCCGAUGCCGAGGCAGAGGUUUUGCCCUACGUGUUCAUGGCCCUUUGUUUGGCGCUGGGCCUGGCACUGGGCGGCUACUGGUACUGGUGGAGACAAAGCUUCGAGACGCCGCUGGCACGGAAGCGAAAGCAAUGGCGCGAAAAGCUGCUUCAAAAACACAAGCCGGUCGCCUGCGACAGGGGUCCAGGCAGAGCCAUUGAUGCCGGGAAGCUCUGUGAUUUUCACACCUACUUCCAGGAAGCCAUCGGAAAGCGCAAUAUGACCUACGUCGUGUCCAACCUGCUGCUGCCGCUCACGAAGCAAGACAGGAUGUCCUACGCGGAGCUAGCCGGGCCGAGUCCAGUUAACUGGUUUGUCUCCCACUGCUGGAGCAAUGGCUUUGCGGACCUCGUCGAGAGCUUGCGUCGGCUAGCCAUGAGCCUGGCCGAGCCCGCCCAUACGGCGCAGGAGGCGGCACAGGAGCCGCUCUGGCGCGAAGUUUCCUACUGGAUUUGCUCCUUCAGCAACAACCAGUGGCGAUUGGAUGAAGAGCUUGGGCAAGGUGACCCAAUGGCUUCCUCCUUCAAUCAGGCGUUGUGGAGCCCGACGUGCAAAGGAACUGCGAUGGUCUUGGAUGAGAAUGCAGAGGCCCUGAGAAGGUCUUGGUGCCUCUUUGAGGUCUUUCAGAACUGCAAGCUCACUGCCGAGCGGAGCGACUACGAAGGUCUCCUGAUGUGUACGCCUGCAGGCGUGCUGCAAAAGGGAGAUGCAAGUGUGGACAUGGUCGUGGUACUCGCACGGACCCUUUCCAAGAUCAAGAUGGAGGAUGCCACUGCAUCGAAGCCUGAGGACAAAAUCAUGAUCGACACUUGUGUCCAAUCGCUGGAAGGAGGCUUUGGUGCUGUGAAUCGCUUCGUGCGCCACUGCAUCAAGACCGCCCUGGACGAAGCCCACGUGUCUUUCGAAGGACACUUUGCGGCGCUUGUCACAGCCCUGGAACAAGAACCCUCGCCUCCUCCAACGUUGCCAACAUUGCUGGGUCGACGCAGUCAAUCGCCGCCAGCGGGGCAUCGCUUCAGAGCGCCCUCGCGGCCCAGGCUAGGGCUGCACCCGCAGCAAGCAGCAAAAAGGCGCAGAAGAAGGUUACCAAGACCACCAAGGGCGCCAAGGCUUCCGCUGCCUCUUUGGCUGCGGCCGCGUCUCUGCGAGCUGAGGCGCCGGAGUUCGUCCCCACAUCCGGCUGGCCGGAAUCAUAGGACAAAGGAGGAUAAAGCAAACAACGAGUGUCUGGUUCGUGAUACCAUCCGUGGUGCCGAGUGGAGCACUAUUGCUCAAUCUGCCAUCGAUUUUGUUCGAGCAGCAUCUCUCACCGGGGAGAUCGCGGCAGAUGCACUUGAAGCAGUUGCAUACCGCGCCGCCAUAGUAGCCCCGGCCUACGACUCGGCCGCCUAG